AUGACUGGAUUCACCGAAACUGUUGGACUUAAUCGGCAACUUAGAGCAUGUCUCCCAUCAAUAAACCAAACCGAAAUCCGAAACAAUUGUCGUGUGGUCCUGAUUCAGAACAACCACGACGGUCUUGGUAGCCGAGGAAACACACGCAAGCAAGGGAUAACUCACAAGAAAGAAAGAAGACACCAUUCCAAAACCUGCGGUCCCAUCGCCUGUGGGCAGGACUCCCAACUGGAGGCAGCGGAGCAGUCUUCACCAGCCGCAGAAAACGGCCUUCGACCGGCGCGGACGAUUGACUUCGUCAGACAUACAAACGUGUUUCGAAGACUUUCUGAAGCUAUAGGGUACGGCCUCCGAAGGAUGACAUGGAUUCGAGCCGAGAAAUACCAAAGGGUCGCAACGUGGUCCAUCUCUGCAAAAUUUUGCGGUCAGGAUUUGAAGUGGACGAAGAAAUCCUCAGUAGCUGCCAGCCCAGGGAAAGGCGCGCUGAACAGUCCCGGGACCAGGGCAACGGAGACGUAUACCUGGUACACACAGCAUUCUUUUGAUGCUGACUGA